AAACUCGAGCUCAGUCUGUCGCCGGCAGUGACAGAAUACGAUCAUGUGGAUCAAGAGCGUCUGUUUGUUCGCAACCAUUGCGGGCUGCUUGGGCCAACGAGGGGGUCCAUACAAGGUGCCUGAUGCGAAACUCGAAGCUAUCUACCCCAAAGGCUUGAGAGUCUCUGUGCCAGAUGAUGGAUACUCCCUAUUUGCCUUCCACGGCAAGCUCAAUGAGGAGAUGGAAGGUUUAGAGGCUGGCCAUUGGUCCAGAGACAUCACCAAAGCGAAACAGGGCAGAUGGAUAUUCAGAGAUAGGAACGCCGAACUGAAGCUUGGAGACAAAAUUUACUUCUGGACUUACGUUAUCAAGGAUGGAUUGGGAUACAGGCAGGACAAUGGAGAAUGGACUGUUACAGAAUUCGUCAAUGAGAACGGUACAGUGGUGGACACUAGUACAGCGCCGCCACCAGUAGCGCCGGCCGUUUCAGAGGAAGAUCAAUCGCCAGGUCCUCAGUGGAGACCUUGCGAAAGAUCCCUGACUGAGGUCCUUGGCCGCGAACGCGUUUGCAAAGGCAGCCUUGUCUUCAGCGAGGACUUUGAUGGUUCCAGUUUGGCCGACUUGGGCAAUUGGACCGCUGAAGUCAGAUUCCCUGGCGAACCGGACUACCCGUACAACUUGUACACGACGGAUGGCACUGUGGGAUUCGAAAGUGGGUCUCUGGUGGUGAGACCCGUAAUGACCGAGUCCAAAUACCACGAGGGCAUCAUAUACGACCGCCUCGACCUUGAGAGAUGUACAGGACAGCUGGGCACGCUGGAAUGCAGGCGAGAAAGCAGCGGCGGUCAGAUUGUACCACCUGUGAUGACAGCUAAACUGGCCACUCGACGCAGCUUCGCGUUCAAGUUCGGCAGGAUCGAUAUAAAGGCGAAGAUGCCGCGCGGGGACUGGUUGAUACCAGAACUCAACCUCGAACCUUUAGAUAACAUAUACGGCAACCAGCGAUACGCUUCGGGUCUCAUGCGGGUCGCGUUCGUGAGAGGAAACGAUGUAUACGCUAAGAAGCUCUACGGAGGUCCGAUAAUGUCCGACGCGGACCCGUUCAGGUCCAUGCUGCUGAAGGACAAGCAGGGGUUGGCCAACUGGAAUAAUGAUUACCACGUCUACUCGCUGCUGUGGAAGCCUAACGGUUUGGAGCUGAUGGUGGACGGUGAAGUAUACGGCACUAUUGACGCUGGCGAUGGCUUCUAUCAGAUUGCGAAGAACAACCUCGUGAGCCACGCCUCGCAGUGGCUCAAGGGCACCGUCAUGGCGCCAUUUGAUGAAAAGUUCUACAUCACUCUGGGUCUUCGCGUGGCGGGUAUCCACGACUUCACGGACGGUCCGGGCAAGCCUUGGGAGAACAAGGGCACCAAGGCCAUGAUCAACUUCUGGAACAAUCGGUUCCGCUGGUUCCCCACGUGGCACGACACCAGUCUUAAAGUCGACUACGUCAGAGUCUAUGCUCUUUAGAUUAAGACAAGCGAAAAGACUCGUUUCCAUAGUGGUAUAUUUUUAACUCGUCAAUUUCAGGUAAAAGCAUGUUUGGAAGGAUAUCGGAUCGACCUUGUACGACAAGUAGAACCCGCCAUGGCCCAUCAAAGGUGUCGCGUUCUGGGAUCUCCUGUGUUUCCAACAGGCCGGCAUAAUUGUAUCGACUAGCGAGGGAUAACUCAAUAGUCUAUUUGAACGCCACUCUACUUACUUUUAGGUGAAGUGGAGGUAUUUUGUCGGGCUAGACAAAAUGGAAGGAAAUUUACGAGUUGCAUCGAAUGAUUAUCACUAAGUAUUCGAAUGAUUCAUUUCGUUGUUGGUGCAAUAGGAUGUCAAGGGUCAAAGGUACAUUAAAAGAGAGUUUAAGGUGUUUUUUUACAAUUAACGUUGAUCGAUACUUUACUUGUCUAUUAAGUAAAGUAUUAUUUUGAAAAAUACAAAAUACUUGAGUUUACAGUAUCUCUUGCGUUUAUGGUACUGUCAAAAAUAUCAGUAUUAUUCAUUUCCAAAUUAAAAUUUAAUAACCUAAAUUAUUCUUCAAGUAAAUGAUCAUUUAUACCUCUGCCUUGAUUAUGUCCGUAAAUAUUGUAAUUUAAUACUCAGAAACAAAAAUCAAAAGCUGUUAAAAAUCUCAUUGGAUUUGGUCGAAUAUUCGAUUCAAUUUUAAUCGAUUAUUGGUAAUACUUAAUAUUUAAUUUUAACCGAUUACUGAACAAUGAUGAUGCAAUAGGCUCGAAAUCUUUAACGAAUAAUCGACUAAUUGCAAUAAUUAUUUGAUCCAUUUAAAAACGAUUUAAAUGUUAUUAUAAUAUGAUUUUUAUGCAUUUAUAUGUCUUUAAUGAUAACACAAUGGUUGUGAUUAAAUGGUGGUUUAACAGAA